AUGGCAUCUCAUCAACCUGGCAAGUGCUGCUUUGAAGGAGUUUAUCAUGAUGGAACUGCCAAGGGCUGUUAUGAAGAAAUCUUCGGCUUGGAUACAUAUGCAACAGGCUCUACAUCCCCUAAUGAGAAAGUUAUUGUUAUCUUGACAGAUGUGUACGGCAACAAAUUCAACAACGUUCUGUUGACGGCCGACAAAUUUGCUGACGCUGGGUACAUGGUCUUUGUGCCCGAUAUUCUGUUCGGUGAUGCUAUUCCAUUGGAUAAACCAAUUGAUCGCGAUGCCUGGUUACAAAGGCAUUCUCCCGAAGUCACCAAGAAAAUUGUUGAUGGAUUCAUGAAGUUGUUAAAACUUGAAUAUGAUCCGAAGUUUAUUGGCGUUGUGGGUUACUGUUUUGGUGCAAAGUUCGCCGUUCAACACAUUAAUGGCAAGGUGGGUCUCGCCAACGCUGCAGCCAUCGCACAUCCCUCUUUCGUUAGCAUUGAGGAAAUUGAAGCGAUUGAUAGCAAAAGACCAUUAUUGAUUUCAGCAGCUGAAGAGGAUCACAUCUUUCCGGCAAACUUAAGACACUUGACAGAAGAAAAACUAAAAGAUAACCACGCUAUUUACCAGUUGGACCUCUUCAGUGGUGUAGCUCACGGAUUUGCUGCAAGAGGCGAUGUAUCCAUCCCAGCCGUAAAAUAUGCGAAGGAGAAGGUCUUGCUCGAUCAAAUAUAUUGGUUCGAUCAUUUUUCGAAAGUUUAA